AUGGAUAAAAACAAGUUUUCCAAGAAAGAUAAAAAUAAGGAAAAUAAGAAAACUUCAAAUGCUUCCAGAAUCGAUGCUGAUUUCAGAAUUAAAAUCGAAGAAGCUAUCAAAGCUUUUCUCAACAAUGAUGAUCAAAUGGUUUACGAGUUUCCAGCUACAUUAUCAAAUGCUGAGAGAGCUUUCGUGCAUAAAUUGGCACCAAAAUAUAGUCUACGAACCAAAUCCGACGGACGUGCGGACAAUCGAAGACUUUCACUCUACAAACUCACAGAAAAUGGACAAUUCAUGAAUAGCAGUGUUGAAAUUAAAGUUAAUGAAGAAACAGUGACUAUCAUGGAGAAUCUUACAAGAGAAUUUACAUUUUCUAAGGAAAAUUGCGUUGCCUCAAGACCGGAGAUCGUAAGAAACAAAUCAAAGUCUUUCAUUCUCUCAAAGCCUCCAUCUCUUGUACCUUUGUCGGAAGAAAUCACAAGCGCUUUAAAGAAAACUCGAGAAAGUUUGCCAAUAUUUCCGUAUCGUGAUGAGAUAUUGAAGGCAAUUGGAAGCAAUCGAAUUGUUUUGAUUGAGGGAUCGACAGGAUCUGGAAAAACAACACAAAUUCCUCAAUAUAUCCUUGAGCAUGCUAAAGAUAACAGUCAGCCAUGUCGUAUUUUAUGCACACAGCCGAGAAGAAUUUCAGCCAUUGCAAGUGCUGAACGAGUUUCUUAUGAACGUAAACAAAGUUGCGGCAAAACAGUCGGCUUUCAGAUUCGUUUGGAAUCAAACAUUUCACAAGACACAAAUUGCAUUUUCCUAACGCCAGGAGUGUUCUGUCGUUAUCUCAUGUAUGACAAUCCCCACUCACUUUUCAACAACAUCACUCAUGUCAUCAUCGAUGAAGCUCAUGAACGAGCGAAGGAAAAUGAUUUUCUCUUAACUUCAAUCAAGGAAAACUUUCAUUUGAAUCCAAAUCUGAAACUCAUCAUCAUGUCAGCGACAAUGGAUACGGAAGUGUUUGAAGAUUAUUUUGGUGAUUGUCGAAAGAUUUCCAUUUUUGUUCAACAAUUUCUAGUGAAGGAAGUUUAUUUGGAAGAUAUUUUGAAGCAAGUGAAGUUUAGUCAUCCGAAAGUUGAUGAAUUGAAUGAAAAGCUGAGGAGUGGACAACCAAUUGAAGUUUCCAGAAGUGCUUAUGUAAAUUGUGAUGAUGUGAUUCAAGAAGUUCUGGAUGAUGACGACGUCAAUUUCCUAAACGAAGUUCUCGAUGAUUUGAUUGAAAGUGAAGAUAUUGAAAGUGGAAUUGAUCAGUUCAAGCAUCUCAUUCAAAACGAAACUGAAGUUGAUGGAGCAAUUCUUGUGUUUCUUCCUGGUUAUGAUGACAUCUUACAACAAGCGAAUUUAAUUAAUCAAAGAUUAUCAAAACCCUUUGAAUUGUUUAUGCUUCAUUCGAGUAUGAAGACGGAAGAUCAAAAGAAAGUCUUAAAGCCGGUUGACAAAUGGAAACGUAAAAUAAUUUUGUCAACAAACAUUGCUGAAUCUUCGAUAACUAUCAACGAUGUCGUCUUUGUCAUUGACAGUGGACGUGAAAAGCAAAAAUCUUAUGACGCCAUUUCACAUUCAUCAAGUUUAAGUGUUCAAUGGAUAAGCAAAGCAUCGGCGAAUCAACGUAAAGGAAGAGCUGGAAGAGUACAUGAAGGAAUCGUGUUUCGAAUGUAUUCAAUUGAUCGUUUCAAUUCAAUGCUUGACUCGACAAUUCCUCAACUACUUCGAACAUCACUCACUGAGAUUUGUUUGCAAUCAAAACUUAUUAUCAACAACACGAUGAGUAUUGAAGAAUUUCUGUUGAAAUGCAUCGCAACUCCGUCAGUUCUAAGCAUAAGACAAAGCAUAAAACUUUUGAAAUGUCUUGGAGCUCUCGAUGAGAAUGAAAAUUUAACAAUUCUUGGCUCAUAUUUGGCAGAAAUGCCGAUUGAUGCGAGAUAUGGCAAAAUGAUCAUUUAUUCAAUUGUUCUAAGAUAUUUGGAUCCAGUUUUGGAUGUCGUCGCUGUGAUGUCAUCAGGCGAUCAAUUAUUUGUUCUACCAACACGAGCUGAUGAACGAAUUAAAUGUGAUCAAGUGAAAAGAAAUUAUGGUGGAAAUUCAUUAAGCGAUCAUUUCAUGAUGGCGAAAAUCUUUUUAAAUUUCUACCUACUUCGUUCAAAAAACCAAAACACGCGAAGAUUUUGUCAAGAUAAUUUUAUAAAUCCGAUUUGUUCACAAAUUUAUUCACAUCUUAAAGCUGCGGGAUUGAUCAAUUCAAACCAACAUUGGUUGAAUGGAAAUUCUCAAAAAUGGCCAGUGAUUCGGUCAUGUCUUUGCGCUGGUUUAUAUCCAAAUGUAGCAAGGAUUGAUCGUCAAAGGAAAAUGAUGUACAGCGACAUUGAUAAGAAGCUGGUUUUCCAUAUGAGUAGCACUUUAACUACGAGAGGUAAUCGAGCGAUGGAUUUCUUAAAGACACUUCCAUCUGAUUGGGUUGUCUUUGAAGAAAAAAAUCGAAUUGGAAGAAUUGCAAUGAUUCGGAAUAAUACGAUAAUUAACAGCUUCCAUUUAUUAUUUACUGCCGGUGCUUCAUUAACAACAGCAAUCGAGAGUAAUGGAUGGGAAGAAGAAAGCAAUCACGAAUCUUUUCUUAUCAAAAUCGACAAUUUAGUGUCGUUUUCGAUGGAUGUGAAAGUUGGAAAACUUCUUCUUGAAAUGAGAGAACGACUUGACGAUCUUGUUCUGAGAAUUCUUACAGAACGAAAUUUCAACUGUCAAAAUGCUGACAAAAAAUUGAUUGCAAUGAUAACAAAAAUUCUUGUAACAGAAGAAAAUCAUUCAGGAUUCCCUCCAUGUGAAUUUCAUGUUGAUUCACCAGAAGAAAUAGAAAAGAAAGGAAAUCAGCCGUCAUGGCGAUCAAAUCAGGCUGCAAAUAAUAAUUCAUCGACAAAACGAACGACAUUUUAUAAUGAAAAUGUUGCGGGACCAUCAAGAAGAAAUAAUCAAACAUCACGAACUUCAUUUCCUUCUACUUCGUCGAAUAAUAAGAAAGGAAACAUCGCAACUGGUCGAUCAAACAACAACAACUUCAAUUCACUUUCAAAACCACACCCAAGAUUCCAAAUACCGAAUAAAUGUCAAAUUUUCUUUAUUUUGGAAGUUAACGAUUAUGAAAAGCUUAGAGAUUUGGCAUCGAGACUUAUGUUUGACGUUGAAUUGCUGGAAUUGAAUCCGUGGUUGAAGGAAGAACUUUAUCAACCAAAAAUGGGCACAUUGCAAAUCUUUAUCAUUUUUUAUUCGAGUUUGAGGACAGAAUUCCUUGGUUAUGGUGAUGUGAUGCCAUCAAAUGGAGAUAAUCCACUGCAAUUCCAUUUCAGAUUGUUUCGAAGUCUUCCUCUACAUAGAAUGAAUAACAGACAGAAUCAUUACCUCAAUCAUGAAUUUAAAACCAUAUUUUUGCGAGAUAUCAGAGGAGUUCUUGAUUAUUAUCGAUGUGGAGAGUUGCCAUUUGAUGUUGGAAGUUACAUCAUUCGUGCGUUGCAAGGCUGAGUUAAAACAAGAACGGAAUUUUGCAUAAAGAAACUCUGAGUUAUAAAAUGCCAUUAAUGUACCUAAAAUUUUUUAAUAAAUGCAUCACAAAAAUCAUUUUACAACA